AUGAUUUCCAAUAGCUUAGACGAUACAGUCAUCAUACGGAAGAAUCUUUUGUUGCUUGACAAUGUUACCAAUUUGAACAAGCCAGCUAUCGAUUACUUCCACCACAACUUCAAGGAGACGUACUCCAUCUGCGAGACAUGGAAGGUGCUUUUGAAGGUUGGUAAGCACAAGGUGCUUAGAUUGCCCAGCUGCUCUCAAGAAGACGAGUCUGAUUAUAACUACUACUUGAAGAGAUUGCACCAUUGUCUGUGGAGACGUUGGUCCAUGGAGAACUUCCAUCUUAACGACAGUGCACACAAGUACGACCCAUUGCGUAUCAACUGGAACAAGGAAAACGAUAUGACGGUGUUGUACGGGCCUCAGUUGUCCGAUGACUGCGUCGCUGCCACACAGUUGCUACCGAAGAGGAAGGCUCUUUCGGCCGACGAUGGUGCUCUUCCUUCGGCCGGAGUGGAUUCUGACUCGGAAUCCUAUUCCUCCUUCUCAUACAACAACUACUCCUCCUCGCCCACCAACUCAGACACAUCGUCAAUCUUCGAGAACACAAAGCCUCUUCUGGUUAAGAGAAACUCGUCCUCCUCUUCGUCGCAUCAUCACUCUUCUGCUCAUAGAAACAUCAGAUUCAACGAGAGCGUAAGAACAAGAGAAAUAGACUACAGCGGUGUUAUUUAUGACGGAACAAGUGCCAUCAACGACAAGUGGGCCAACGAGAUGAUCAUGAGACAGGACUGUUUCAUCCUCAGCGUGGAUGACAGCGAUGAGGACUACCAAAUGGAACUGUAG